ACGGCCGGAGGUGGCAGUACAGGGUCGGGUGGCCGUUUAUGAACGGCCUCCCCGCACCCUGCUUGUGCGCGCUCCCUGGGAAAAGUGAAACACCGAUCGUCGGACGGGACCUCUGUACGAGGUCCCGAUCAUGUGAUCACUGAUUGGCCAAUCAGUGAUCACUACGUGUGAAAUCUGUGAAUGAUCACAGAGGUCACAUGGUACACGGUUAACAGCCUUGUACCAUGUGACAAGGUGUGACCAAUCACAGCUCACUCAGUAC